UAGAAUGUGGCGGAAGGAGGGUCGUGGCGGAGAGGAGAGGCCCCUGUGGCGUUAGGAGUUUGAGCCUGCAGGCAGCGCAGGAGGCGCUCGGGAGGGGUCCUCUGUCGCAGCCGGCUGUGAGCGGGAGGCCUGAGCCGGGAGCUGCGGCGGCCGUGGAGCUUCUAGGUGGCUGAGGCGGUGCGCUAUGGAGGAACUCGACGGCGAGCCGACGGUCACUUUGAUUCCAGGAGUGAAUUCCAAAAAGAAGCAAAUGUGUUUCGACUGGGGUCCAGGAGAGAUGCUGGUGUGUGAAACCACCUUCAACAAAAAAGAAAACUCAGAGACUGUGCCAGGCUGCCCCUUUAUCUAUAUCAUCCGAAAGGAUAUAGAUGUUUACUCUCAGAUCUUGAGAAAACUUUUCAAUGAAUCACAUGGAAUCUUUGUGGGCCUCCAGAGAAUUGAAGAAGAAUUGACUGGAAAAUCCCGAAAAGCUCAAUUGGUUCGAGUGAGUAAGAACUACCGAUCAGUCAUAAGAGCCUGUAUGGAGGAAAUGCACCAGGCUGCAGUUGCUGCUAAGGAUCCUGCCAGUGGUCGCCAAUUCAGCAGCCAGGUCUCCAUUUUGUCAGCAAUGGAGCUUAUUUGGAACCUUUGUGAGAUUCUUUUUAUUGAAGUAGCUCCAGCCGGCCCUCUCCUCCUUCACCUCCUUGACUGGGUCCGACUGCAUGUGUGUGAGGUGGACAGUCUGUUGGCAGAUGUCCUGGGCAGUGAGAAUCCAAGCAAACAUGAGAGCUUCUGGAACUUGGUGACCAUCCUGGUGCUACAGGGCCGGCUGGACGAGGCCCGCCAGAUGCUCUCCAAAGAAGCCGACGUCAGCCCCUCCUCUGCGGGCAUGUGCCGAGUGCUGGGGGACCUGAUGAGGACAAUGCCCGUUCUCAGUCCCGGAAACACCCAGACGCUGACAGAGCUGGAGCUAAAAUGGCAGCACUGGCACGAGGAAUGUGAGCGUCAUCUACAGGAUGGCACGUUCGCCUCCAGUCCUCACCUGGAGUGUCUCUGCAAGAUCAUGCUGGGAGAUGAAGCUGCCUUGUUGGAGCAGAAGGAGCUUCUGAAUAACUGGUAUCAUUUCCUAGUGACCCGGCUCUUAUACUCUCAUCCCACAGUAAAACCCAUUGACCUGCACUUCUAUGCCCAGUCCAGCCUUGACCUGUUUCUGGGAGGAGAGAGCAGCCCAGAACCCCUGGACAAUAUCUUGAUGGCAGCCUUUGAGUUUGACAUCCACCAAGUGAUCAAGGAGUGCAGCAUUGCCUUGAGCAACUGGUGGUUUGUGGCCCAUCUGACAGACCUACUGGACCACUGCAAGCUCCUACAGUCACACAAUCUCUACUUCGGAUCCAACAUGAGAGAGUUCCUCCUGCUGGAGUAUGCCUCAGGAUUGUUUGCCCAUCAUAGCCUUUGGCAGCUGGGAGUGGAUUACUUCGACUACUGCCCUGAGCUGGGCCGAGUUUCCUUGGAGCUGCAUAUUGAGCGGAUCCCUCUGAGCACUGAGCAGAAAGCCCUUAAGGUGCUGCGGAUUUGUGAGCAGCGGCAGAUGACUGAGCAAGUUCGCAGCAUCUGUAAGAUCUUGGCCAUGAAAGCCGUCCGCAACAAUCGCCUGGGUUCUGCCCUGUCUUGGAGCAUCCGAGCCAAAGAUGCAGCCUUUGCCACGCUGGUGUCAGACAGGUUCCUCAGGGAUUACUGUGAGCGAGGCUGCUUUUCUGAUCUGGACCUCAUUGACAACCUCGGGCCAGCCAUGAUGCUCAGUGAUCGACUGACAUUCUUGGGAAAGUACCGCGAGUUCCACCGAUUUUACGGGGAGAAGCGUUUUUUUGAUGCGGCUUCUCUUCUCCUGUCAUUGAUGACUUCUCAGAUUGCUCCACGAUGUUUCUGGGUAACGCUACUAACAGACGCCCUGCCACUUUUGGAACAGAAACAGGUGAUUUUUACAACAGAGCAAACAUAUGAGCUGAUGAGAUGUCUGGAGGACUUGGCGUCAGGAAGGCCUGUGCAGGGAGAGGCUAGUGCCCAGCGACUCCAGGAGGACCUAGAGAACACCAAGCUGGAAAUCCUGCGACUUGCUCUUGCACGGAAUCUCGCCCGGGCCAUUAUCAAAGAAGGCUCCCUGGAAGGCUCCUGAGGCCAGCUGGGAGUUGCCCCGCCCGGCAGCGCUGUAUGUACGGCAAUGUAUAUAUGUUUUUGAAAGAAUAAAAACAUGUUUUUCCCUCCAGUA